AUUUUGAUUUGAGCCCUUCGUCAAAAAAGAGUUCCCCUGCUGUCUGCCCUCCUUUUCUCUCCCACAUACACACACGCCAUGUUGCGCAUUCACCGACUUCAGCAAUGCGCGAGGAAUGCCACAAGGACAAGCAUGAGCAGGCUUGUUGCAGGGAGCAGUACCACUCCAUACAAGACACUGGACUCGAUAGUGUCGAACAGACCCGGAGUUUCGCCAAAGUCAGGGGCAGCUCGAUUUUACGCCACCAAAGCAGCACUUGCUGAAGAGGAGCCCGUCCUUAUACGUGUCAGAAAAAGCUCAAAGAAAGCCGUCGCGGAAGAGACGGAGGUUUCAGCAGCGCCAAAGACGCGUCAACGCCGCUCUAGAGCGGCAUCGGCGGAAGAGACAGGGACUACGGUGGUGGAUGGUGCUACUGCUAAGCGUGCCUCGACCAGGAAGAAGGCGGCUAAGGAUCAGACCCCGGCCGUGAGCAAGGAGUCAGUGCCGAAGGGACCUGGGGAGGAGACCAGGACCACCAAAACCACAAGAACUCGGAAGACGUCCAAAUCAGAAAAGGCUGCGACACAGGAAAUUGUCCAGGCAUCGGCCACACCAAUUGUACAAACCGAGCUUCGAUCGUAUCAGAAGGAGUGCAUUGAAGCAUGCCUGACUAAUUUGCAGAAGGGAAUCAAGAGGCAGAUUGUGUCCCUUCCCGUUGGGAGCGGCAAGACGGUCACUUUCUCACAUCUUAUGAAACAAAUUCCACCGCCCUUUCCUGGGGCCACCAAGACGUUGAUACUGGCCCAUCGCCAGGAGCUGUUGGAGCAAACACGGACGCAUGUCCUCCGUACAGGAACAGGAAUGACUGUUUCGAUUGAUCAAGGAAAUCGCCAUGCAGAUAUGACCGCAGAUGUGAUCGUGGCCAGUGUACCAUCCUUGGGUCGGUCAGGGACACCAAGGUUGCUAAAGUACAAUCCGAAGGAGUUCAAGUGUAUCAUCAUCGAUGAGGCCCACCAUGCAGCCGCAGAUUCCUAUGGUAGGAUCUUGAAACAUUUUGGCGCGCAUGUACCAGAGACUCAUAUUUUCGUCUAUGGGUGUUCUGCCACGGUGCGACGUCAUGAUGGACUGAGACUUGGUGGUGCGUUUGAUUACAUCUCAUAUCACAAGAGCUUUAUCACCAUGAUCGAAGACAAAUGGUUGUGUGGACUCCGAGUGUCAACGAUUCAGACGGACUUCGACCUGCGAGAUGUAAAGAUGCAGUCAGGGGAUUUUGCGCAAAAGGAUCUUUCUGUGAAGGUCAACACCCCGAUUCGGAAUGAAAUCGUCGUUCGCAGUUAUAUGACCUACUGCGCGGAACGCAAGUCGACGGUCGUGUUUGCGGUGGACAUUGAGCAUUUGGAAACUCUAACAAAGAUAUUUCGGCAGUAUGGAUACGAUGCUCGAGGACUCUCCAGCAAGACCAAUGACAUUGAACGUGCACAGCUACUGAGGGACUUUCGUGAGCGCAAGUUCCCCAUCAUUGUGAACUGUGGUAUUUUGACAGAAGGAACAGAUAUCCCUGUGAUCGACUCUAUUGUGAUGGCGAGGCCGACAAAGUCCAAUGUCCUGUUUCAGCAGAUGCUAGGUCGUGGCAUGCGAUUGUAUCCUGGAAAAGAAGACUGUCUUGUUCUAGACUUUGUGGACAUUGUUAAAGGCGAGGGCCUAGUGACCUUGCCCACGUUGCUCGGAUUGGACCCAGAUUCCAUUUUGAAAAAAACGGCAGUGAUCAACAGUCAGGAGGAUGUGGAUACGAUCCUUAAGGACGAGAUCGCCUCGCUAGAACAUGAUCCGAAUCUCCCACCCACGACAGAGUACCCAGACGAGAGCGAGAUCGAAGAAACAAUCGAUCCUAUGACGGGACUCAAAGUCGCGAGGAUCCGUGUGCUUGAGUACGAGAACCCAUAUCAGCUCCUUGGAGACUGUAGCGGCAUGCCUCGGCGGGUGUGGGACAUGUCGCAGAAUGCGUGGGUGAAUGUGGGUCCGGACACGUUUGUGUUGACGUUCAAGGAUGUGACGUUCCGGAUCGAUAAGUCGGGGGAGGAUGGACUUUAUAGGUGCCAGAAACGGACCACGUUCGCGCCGAAGCCGACAAUGGCGGAGGCGAGUGUGAGGUCGUUCAAGAAUGGAGUGUUGUCGUUCAAGAACAACUAUGCAGCGGCGGCGGCGCAGAGGAAGAAGCAGCGUGAAGAAGGUGGUGGUGGCGAUGAUGGUGGUAAUGGGGAUUAUUUCAGGUCGAAGGCGAAGAUGCUGCCGAUCGAGUCGGAUACACUGCAGGAUUGUCUUCACGGAGUUGAUACGUGGAUUGCUAAGAAUAUUGGGCACUUUCCGGAUCUGCUGGGACGAUAUGCCAAAUGGAGGAGCUUCCCAGCGAGUGAGUCGCAGCUGAGGUUCUUGCAUAAGCUGGGAUAUAACCAUGGGGCGAUGGAUGAUGAAGGCGAGGACGGUGGUGAUGCGGAUGGAACGAAACAAAUUAAGAAGGCCAGUAGUAAGCCGUUAACGAAGGGACAGGCGGCGAAUAUGAUUACGCGUUUGGUCAACGGUGCAGGAAAGCGGUGGGAGGAGAGUCGGAAGUUUAAGAUCAAGCGGGCUAAGGAGCUGGCUAAGGAGAUCGGGGUCGAUGUUGGACCGAUCCCAAAGUUCGUCGAAGUUUAAUGGCAACAAGUAGAAUGAACCAUAGAAUAAAAAAAGAAAAAAAAGAAAUGAAAUGAAAUCCAC